AUGUCAGACUCUUUUGAUGAUCAAAAGCGGGCAUUGGAAAGUGUCUUGUUGGAAAAUAAGACACUAAAAAAGGAAACUGCGGACUUGAAGAAGAGACUUCAGAUGUUGGAAGGGAGAGUCGACGCCUUUGAGAACAAGGAAAGGACCAAGAAUUUGAUAGUAGCAGGAGUGCCAAAACAAACCAAUUUAGACAUUAAAGGAAGUAUAAUGAAGAUUUUUACAGCUAUGCAAAUACAAACUACAAACAUGGUAAUGGAGAGUUUUCGAUUGGACAAAAAUGGUGAAGGACCUAUCUUGUUAAAAAUGCAAAGUGAGCAGGCAAAAAGGGAUGUCAUCAAAAGAAUAAAGGAUUUAAAGGGUAUAUCUACAAGGCAAUGUGGCUUAGAGGGAAGUGACAGAAAGAUUUAUUUCAACGAGGAUCUGCCAAUGUCUAAGAGGGUACUUUUCAAGAUGGCAAGGGAACUUAAAAAGCAAAAGGGAUAUAAGGCAGCUUUUUACCUCAAUGGAUCUGUUUACAUCAAAACAAAUGAAAAUGAGCAAGCCAUAAAAAUUAAAUGUGAGUCUGAUUUGGACAAAUUAAGAUAG